UUAGGGUUGGAACAGAUCAUAAGAUGCCUCUCGAGUUUGAACUUUGUCCAGGAAGAAAGAUCGGGGGGUCAAACCCCUGUUUCAUCAUCGCAGAGAUCGGACAGAAUCAUCAGGGAGACAUUGAGAUUGCCAAGAAAAUGAUCCGCAUGGCUAAGAGCUCUGGUGCAGACUGUGUGAAAUUCCAGAAGAGUGAGCUCGAGCACAGGUUCACCAAGCGCGCGCUCGAGCGCCCCUACUCCUCUCGUCACGCGUGGGGAAGCACAUACGGGGAACACAAGCGCCACCUGGAGUUCAGUCAUGCGCAGUACAGAGAACUGCAGCGGUUUGCAGAAGAAGUGGGGAUUUUCUUCACUGCCUCAGGGAUGGAUGAGAUGGCUGUAGAGUUUCUGCAUGAAAUCAACGUCCCUUUCUUCAAAGUCGCCUCAGCAGACACCAACAACAUUCCCUAUCUGGAGAAAACUGCCAAGAAAGGUCGUCCCAUGGUGAUCUCCAGUGGGAUGCAGUCGAUGGAGACCAUGCGCUGUGUUUAUGAGACGGUGAAGAAGCACAACACAGCGUUCACCUUCCUGCAGUGUACCAGCGCAUAUCCGCUCCCCAUGGAGCACGUCAACCUGCGGAUCAUCACUGAAUUCCAGAAGGAAUUCCCAGAUAUCCCAGUCGGUUACUCAGGGCACGAGGCAGGCAUUAGUGUGUCUGUGGCUGCUGUAGCUCUAGGGGCAAAAGUUCUGGAACGGCACGUGACCUUGGACAAAAGCUGGAAGGGCAGCGACCACGCAGCGUCACUGGAGCCGGCUGAGCUGGUGGCGCUGGUACGAGAGAUUCGGGUGCUGGAGGUGGCUCUGGGAUCACCGCUGAAGCAGAUGCUGCCAUGUGAAUCCUCGUGCCACAGCAAGUUGGGGAAGUCUGUGGUUGCAAAGACAGCAGUGAAGAGAGGCACAGAAUUAACCCUCGACAUGCUGGGCGUGAAAGUAGCAGAACCUCCAGGCAUCGCACCAGAAAAUAUCUUCAAACUAAUGGGAAAGAAAAUCACAAUGGACGUGGAAGAAGACGACACCAUCACUAAUGACAUGAUCUAAUCCUGAUCACUUUAUUUAAAUAUAUUUGUCUGUUUUAUGAACAACUUUUUUCAAACUGUAGGAUUAGAAAAAAACAUUUGCAAUCGUUAAAUGUCAGGAAAAUAUUUUAUUAAGUGUUUAUAAGGGGAUGCUUAAAGAGCUUUAUAAAGGAUUAUAAGGGGAUGCUUUGUUAAUAUAAAGCUGUGGCUGAAAUUACAAGUGGAACAUUUACUUUAUUACUUUAAC